UUGCCCCCAACAAUUUCACCAUCUCCUCCCCCACUGACAGCCCUUAAAAUGUAAAAUACUACGAAGAAGACAAACUAAUUUUAUACUAAUACUUAUCCAACUAACCAUCCAUCAACCACGCUCUCAAGAUUUGGAGAAUCUGAAGAGGGAAUUAUUUAUAUCUUAAAAAAUAGGUGAAGGUUAAUAUAGUGAACCAAGAAAAUCUCUUGCCAUGACAUUUGCCAGUACCCACUUUUCCGGCCUCACCAAGCGAGGAAAAUGGGUUCUGUAGCAAAAAAUGGACUCAACAAUUACGUCAAACAGCUUCUGGAACAUCCUUUGAGAACCAAGGUAAUUACUGCAGGGGUCAUGUUGGGAAUCAAUGACAUAGUGUCUCAGAAGCUUACUGGGAUACAGAAAAUUCAAUUCAAACGGCUUUUUCUCAAAGUGUUUAUUGGAGCUGCUUAUUUUGGACCCUUUGGACACUACUUUCAAAUAUUACUGGAAAAGAUUUUCAAAGGAAAGAAAGAUUCAAAAACUGUGACAAAGAAGGUUCUGAUUGACCAAUUGAUAUCUUCUCCUUUGAACAAUUUGAUUUUCAUGUUUUACUACGGAUUAGUUAUUGAAGGCCAACCUUGGAUGCAUGUGAAAGCUAGUGUGAAGAAGGCUUUUCCAUCAGUGCAAUAUGCAUCAUGGAUGUUCGGGUCUGCUAUUGGGUUGAUAAAUUACAAAUUCAUACCCCUUCAUUUCCGUGUUGUUUUCAACAGUUUAAUAGCACUUUGCUGGGGAGUAUUCAUGAACCUUCGAGCACGAUCUAUGGCAUUGACUAAACCUUGAAGAAAAGGAGAUUUCAAUUUGUAGUCUUGAGCAGAUGCUCCGGUUUAAUAGUACUCUUUAGAAGUUAGUUUUGUCCUUAUUUUAUUUAUGUGUGAAAUUCUCCACGAAUAUUUGAGAUAAAGCAGUAAUUAAGGAAGUCAAGUCACACUCUUGUUUAUGGCAACUUUGUGGAUGGGACUAUGAGAUAAUAAAAUUUUGGAAAAUUACUGCCAA